AUGGGCCACAAAGUCUCGGUCGUCGGCGGUGUCAAGUCGGACAACUUCUAUCAACAAGGCAACGCCAUCAACGAGAUCUGGCUCGGCGACGUCGAACUUAUUUCGCGCCUUCCGUUCGGUGAUUCAGACCUCGAGCAAGCUGGCUGGCCUGCCGGGAGCUGGCCCAAGAUCCCCUGGCAUCAGUUCAUCAUCCCACUCAAACGUGAUCUUCACCCUAUCCCCUACUCAACCAUGUCCCGUAACAGCUCUCGGGACUGCUAUGUGGCGCUUCUGGCAGAGUAUGAAAUGCCUCUUCACUGUCGAGAAACUUUGUGGAACAAGAAUCUGAUCUCGUUCUUGGGCGCGCAUCUCACCGUACUUGGAUUCGUCAUGGCCUUCAUCGCUGCGAAGAAACUAUCUGAAGCCUCCAAAGAAUUAUCUAGGUGGUGGAAAGUUCGCGUACAGGUCAUCCCCCGAGAGCAUCUUCCCAGGAUCGUGAAACGUUUCGUCAGCGUGUAUGCGGGACUCAGUGGUAUGCUUACAAUCAUCGGACUCGUCAGCAUCUUCAUGGGGAUUCCGAUGAUGAGGUACGGUCUACGUGGAAUGAGUGCCAAUAUACUCAUUACCAUGGCUGCGUUUUCAUUACUCAUGAUCGUGAGCAUGUGGUUGAUCCUCAAUUUGAUCUCCCUUCUGAUAAAUUUGAGACGGAUUCUUGCGGCUCUCCAUCGACCAAGGAUUCUUGAGGACUCGGAUGAGAAACCUGGUCCGGCUUUGAAUAUUAUCUCUGCCGACAAGUUCGACGACCGCGACUCAGCUCGGCAUCACUGUCCUGAGUGUGAGAAGCGCUCGCUCUUCGGUUGA